GCUGGGAGCUGCGCGCAGGGAGCAGCCUGGCAGCUCGCAUUUUUCCUGCUUCCUCCCAGCCUGGCUGAAGCCGAUCGGAGCGCGAUCCGACAGAGUUUGGCUGCGGCGAUUUCCGGUGGUGUUUUGUUGUGGGUUUUAUUUUUUUCCCCCAUUCCCCUCGCGCCCGGCCAGCACUCCUUGGCUCCAACCCAACCGUGCGCGCUGACCUCCCCGCGUCCUUCCCGCGCCCAGCGGGAACCGUCCCCAGGCGGCCCCGUCCCGUCCCACCGUCCCCUCCCAUGCAGCUCCAUCGCUGGGCCAUGUGGGCUCUGUUUGUACACAGAUGAGCAACAGCUCGGCGCCAGCGCGGCAUCGCCCAGCCCUGCGCCCGGCCGCUGUCCUUGUGGUGCAGGCAGGGAGCGGAGGGACAGUGCAGUUGGGCCACCCAUCCUGAGUGCAGAGCCAUCGCCACGGGGCAGCCACAUCCCCACCGUUCCCGGUGCCAUCCCCAGGGCAGGGAUGUGAGGCACCAUCCCACAGAGCCGCGGUCCCGACGGCGCAAUGCUGAGCCUGAAGCUGCCACGACUGCUGAGCAUUCACCAAGUGCCUAAGGGGUACCAGGAGCAAGGCAUCCUCUGCGGGUAUCGCCCCCCGAGGAUCUCAGCAGCUGAUUGUGUCCUCAGCGCCUUCCAGAUGACCAACGAAACUCUCAACAUCUGGACACACUUCCUCCCUGCAUGGUACUUCGUGUGGAUGCUGGUGGGGCGGCUGUGGGGGCCGGGGGGCCGGGAUCCCCCCGCCUGGCCACUGCUCGCCUAUCUGCUGAGCUGCUGCAUCUACCCACUGGCAUCCAGCUGCGCCCACACCUUCAGCCCCAUGUCGGCCCGCGCCCGGCACAUCUGCUACUUCUUCGAUUACGCGGCGCUCAGCAUCUACAGCUUGGGUUCAGCCGUGGCGUAUUCAGCAUAUGUGUUCCCAGAAGAAUGGCUUGGUAGCAUCUUCCACUGCUGCUACGUCCCCAUCGCGGUGUUCAACACGGUGCUGAGCACCAGCCUGGCCUGCUACUCCAGGUUCCUGGAGCUGGAGAGGCCGUGGCUCAGCAAGGCGUCCCGCACGCUGGCCUUUGUGUACCCGUACCUCUUCGACAGCAUUCCGCUCUUCUACAGGUUCUAUCUGUGCGCAGCACGGAGCUGUGCGGAUCCCACGGUCGCUGCCCACUACAGGCACACUGCCUUCGCCUUCCUCACCUGCUUCAUCUUUGCCACCCACCUGCCCGAGAGGCUCGCGCCGGGACACUUCGACUACAUCGGGCACAGCCACCAGGUGUUCCACGUCUGCGGCAUCCUAGGCACGCACUUCCAGCUGGAAGCCAUCCUGAUGGACAUGAGUGAGAGGCAGGCACGGCUCCCAGCCACGUCGCUGCUGCAGGUGCUGGCACCCAUGGGCACGUGCAUGGCCAUCGGGUUGGUGGUCAUUGCACAAUGCUCUGCGCAGCUCUGCCAGGCACCAGAACCCUCACACAGGGAGAAGCUGCAUGGGCAGUAGGGCACCUGGUCUGCAGGAUGGGGGUUCCUGGUUUGCUGCUGCGCAGGACAGAACGUGGGCAGCUGAUGCAUGGGGUGAACGCAGGGUUU